CUUCCCUCGCCCACCUUCCCUUACCUUCCCUCCCCUCUCUCACUUUCCCUCCCUUCCCUACCUUUCCUCACCUCACCUUCCCUUCCCUUCGGCCGCAAAGAGUGCCAGCAUGGGUCAGUCAAGAGCCGUUUGCGUGGCCCUUGCGACACUUCUCUGCCUCUCCCUCGUGCAAGGCCUCAUGUUUCCCCCGCUGGAUGGUGAGCAGUGCAACGACAACAUAGACUGUGCCAAGGGCUGCUGCCUCAUGACGGGCUACAGGCACCGGCGGCCCUCAGGAGUGUGCCAGGCCAUGAGACAGUUAGGCGAGUACUGUGCUCCAGGGAACCGUCUGAGGAACUAUUACGGCUCAACAGUGUACACCUACUCCUGCCCCUGCGGCGGCGGGCUGGUCUGCAAGCCACGGUGGUCCACACAACUGUAUGGGCGGAGUGCCAUGGAGGACCCCAAGUGUAUGCCAGUCAACAUGCACCCGUACAUCCUGGCCAUGACGGGCUUCGGCCACCCCUACAACAGACACAACGCCUACGAUGUGCCUGCAGAGUAGCCGCUGCUGCCGCCCUGCCUGGAGCAUCACGGGUGCCUUGUUUGAAGCACUUUGGUGUGGAUGGUAAACGUAUCUUUACAAACACCUUUGCAACACUUCAGUUACUACUCAUGUGAGGAACAAAAGCACUCUGGGAAAAUGAGCCGAGGCAUAAAAUGUAACUACUGUCAGGGGUCGAAGAGGAGGUGCACCUUUGUUUGGGCUCUGGCUGACCCUGUCCCUCCAGGCCUGGGCUGAGGAGGCUGACAGGGAGGUGCUGAGGAGGCUUUGCAUUUUAGUCACUCCCAAAACAUGUAUUAUACUGAAGUCCCUCAGUAUGUAAUGCCCUCAACUUUACCUUCCUUAAUCAUCUGUCUUGGGUGUGUUAAGGUUACAAAUUUUGUAUUUUAUAGCAUUUGAAUUCAUCUGCCUUUACCUAUUGAAUUGUUUAAUAAUAAUACAGUGGAGCCUCGGUUGUCAAAUGACUCAUCUUGGAAGUAUCAGUUCCCAAACAAAAAAUGCAACAGUUUCCGAACAGAAUUUCGGCUCAAAAACAGACAAGCCGGCAACCACAUUCACCACGGCCUAAGACAUACAGCGGGAGACGGUCAGUUAUACUGCAGCCUCCGUUCAGUCAGACUCCCUCUGGAAUAGACACAGCAGGGGAGGAGUGUUUUGUUCUGCUAGUGGAAGGCUCACAGCAAAGGCCACAACAAACCAAGAAAGCUCCUAUAAAACUCCUCUCCAAAAAGAUGAAAAAAAAUGGGAAAAGUUAGUCAAAUCAGUUUGGAAGGUGUCUUGGCACUCCCUCUUGAAAGUUACUUGCUGAAAAUCCUUGCAUUUUUAGUCUGCAGAAAAUGAAAAAUCCACACCUUGAGCAUCUGUAUAUCUGGAGGGCCAUUACUUAUUUCAAAAUUAUGAAUGUUUAUCACUAUUAUCAGUCUGACUAUGGCUCACUGUUAAGUGUUUCAGCAGCUCACAAGAGCAAAUCUCUUUUAUGCCUGGGCUCAGUUUUCCCGAGCCAUUUCCCCUUGAUGUCUGACUGGAAGGUGAAGAUACACUGACAGCCACAGCCCAGGGUGAGGCAGGAUGCCAUUGCUGCCCAAGUAAACAGCAGCAGCAGAAUAACACUCACUUUCCUUACAUAGACAUUUUAAUGGUAGUCAGAUAAGUAAGUUACUCCCAACAACAAGACUUGACAACACUUCUCAUUCCUUCUGCAGGCCAUGACAAAAGUCAAAAACAAUUAGCCCUCAAAAUCUACACACUGCCCCUUCUGGCAGGCAGUAUCUCCUGCAAAGUGAACAUAGGUCAUUGAUUUAUGACAUACCUGAGUUUUGGUGCAACAAAUGGUAAUUCCUGUCAAUGAAGGCAUCUCAUUCUCCCUUUUCUUCAGUAAACAAGGUCAAGUGACUAUGGAUUACAGCUAAUCUCAGUGAUUAGUUCAUGGCAAUAUAUAGAUACCUUCUGAGACUAAGAGAAAGGUGUUGUACCAUACUCUCAAGACCAUGAGGGAGAGUGGUGUGAGUGGCACCACCCAUGUGCAGGGCCAGUGCAUGUGGCGGUCAGCUCUUUGUUCUGUUGCUGAAUAGGCCUGCCGGGCCUGGGUGGAGGAAAGGACAGGCCAGCCACUCCAUACGCCACGGUCCAGGACAAGAGUGGUGCUACCCACCUGUCUCCUCUGCUCAUUAGAGUAUAGGACAACACCUUUUGAGACAAGAUACAAAAAUUACAAUAUAAUGUAAAAAAUACAUUUUAGGAGUACACAGACAAGGAAUUACUGUAAACAUACUCUGAAUAAGAGAGCAAGGAAUGGCUGGCCAGGAGUCAUCAUCAGCCACAGCAGAGUUGCAGGAGUGUUGGUGUCUGGGAGCAGGUAACUUCAGGUACUGACCGGGGAGCUGUGUGACAGGCUCUUUGUGUUGCUGGACUGUCACCACCUCGCUGGUCAGGUGUUCUGGCUCAGCCUGCAGCCGCCUCACCCUGGGGGAGCAAACUGUUGCCUUACAUCAUGCAAUUGUGUUACUUUACAACAACUUUGCUGGACACAAGUAGGGAAUGUCACCCCGUCUGCACACACCACUCCAGUUAGUGCUCAUUUCAGGGAACAACUGCUGAGCUGAGGCAAAACAAUGAAAUGCUGGCAAAAUAAAGAACACUUAUUAACUACUAAUGACAAGUUUUCAUCUGCACCUCAGCUCAACUUUCUGGAGAAGUAUUAUUCCUGCAAUAAGUACAAACUGGAAUGGUGUCUAUAGAGUAACAAAGACAUCCUACCUUGUUAUAUGAUGUGUUCAGGCUGUAACCAUGUACACACUACCACAAAGUCUUCAAACUACCUGUGCAUAUAUGUACAUGUGUAUAAAUAAGUGGUCUUCAAUGAAACCUAAUUUUUCCUGCCUAAGUGUACAUAAGAGCCCUCUGUGACCACUCAAGAGGGUGAAGCAGCAGUACUUAACAUGUCAAAGUGAGGCUCAUCAGUGUCCACUGUUCUCUGAGGUAACAUUGUCUUAUUGUUGUAUUUCAAGUAAUGGUAAAUCACGCUGCCAAGGGUUCUCAGUUUUGUGGUGGCCAAAAGCUUUCCAUCUGUCUGUUCCUUCAAUGCUUUGCUUGUUCCCUCUGUGAACAUCCUUCGAGGGGCCGGCCGUGGCAGCCCACUCAAAGGAAGUGUACCAAGGUGUGAGGCGCCAGAACUAUAAACAAAAUAGAUAAAAAGCUUUGGCCGACAGAAAACUACAAACACAGAUGAUAACAGGAGAAACACAACUGUGAGAGAGUGUUAAUGACCUAGAGUUUGCAUGAUGUUAUACUUUUCAGGCUAUUUUGUUUGUCGGGUGACAACAAAAAGUUUAGCAGCAAUGAACUGUAACAAACUAAUGGCCAUCAGAGGCCUGCAAGCUGUAGUGAACUAACAACGGCUGCCUUUACUAGUGAUGACGAACAUGUUGCCAGUGUGUUGGUGCGGUGCUUGUGGCGGCCGGGGGAAACAAGUAGAACAGUUGGCCUUUCCAUCACAGUGUUGGCCACACAAGGAACAUUUCACACUGUUGGGGCCACAAAAAAGGCAGCACAUUGAGCUGUCCCGUAGCAGGCAGCCUCAGGCCACAGUCUCUGGGCUACAAGGACAGACAGCAAACCAAAAACACUGUUUUGCCUUAGCUUUGUCUCAAAGUGAUAGAUGAGCUAUAUUUUCCUAUGUGAAUUUUUGUUUUCUGUAAUGCAAAUAAAGCAUGAGUAUUA